CAAUUGUUAAUAUGUCUAUCCAAUCCUUCCCAACACUCGAUACUAGCUUAGAUCUCGACAUUGCUAUAACUAAAAGAAUCUUAACGCAUAAAUUAAGUACUUGCCAAGUGGACUCACUCGGCAAGUGAUCGGCCACGGCCUCUUCCAUGGUUAGUACGACUUCUUCCCAGAAGAUCGUACCUCCAUUCCCUAUGGAUCAUUUGUGAAAAGUCUUGGACUCUCUCCAAGGUGAGGAACCCAGCUUAAAAAUAACCAAAAAUGUAUGCGGGGAUACCACCUCUGGAGUCUGAGGCAUUACUGAACUUACUCCUGCAGAUGAUGAGGAGGAGAAAGCUUCCGUCAGGUUGGACGAUCCCAUUCGUUCCGUUGGCAUGGUUGGUUUCGUCCCAUAUUCUAAAAACAUCGAAAGCUGUGAUGAUAAUUUUAAAGCUUCGAUACCAACUCCUUGUCAAAAUCCUUGAAACAGCCCUAAAGAGCAGAAAUACGAAAAGAAAAACAUUUACUAUAAGGCAGUUUUUAGAGACAUCAGAAGAUAUUUCAUUGAAGAACUCAAGUCCACUUCGUCUCGUCUCCUAAAAGGGAAGAUCUUGGAGUUUUUAAAUUCCAAGAUUCCACCGAAUGAAAUGGGCAACGAUGACGAAAUGGUAUCAAUUAUCGCACCUUUCCUGAAUUAUAACAAGUACAUGAUUGAGUUCGAAAACAAGCGUAUUUCCGAUCACAAGUGCAUACUUGAUUGCUUGCAAAACUUUACCCUUACCAAGAUGCGUAAGGUACUGAAGUAUCCUGCAAUUAAAACUCUUGUAAAUUAUUACUAUGCACAGACUGUGGUAGAGGGAAGAUCUGUGAGGAUCGAAUCUCACAAGACUAUGAAAAAGCAGCCCCACAAGUACCUCGAAGUCCUUGAGAAAAUUUCAGAUAUUAGUAGCAAAACCUAAGCUCUCCUCAUAUAGUUACUACUAUUAUUAGAGAUUUAUGUAUUA